AUGGGCUCCGGGGCUGUGGAUUCGUCCCAGUGGCUCUCGGUGAAGGAGGAGACGAUUUUCCUUCACGAUGGACUUAUUCGGGUCACGGAUCUGGCUGAAUUGCCCAGUGAAAUUGGAGUGUCAGAACAGGGAGACACCGAGCAAGAGAUCCUAACAUUUGAGACGAAGAACCCAGUAGAGUUGGCUGAGCGUCUGCGUGCUGUCUGCGGGAAUCAGAGCAAUGCAUACGCACGCCUGCUGGAGUACAGACUCAACGCUCUGCGUGGGCUGUGGGGGGCACAGCGGCAGCUUGCCCUGGAGGAACAGCAGGAGAGAGAGGGGGCCGGAGGGGCUGAUGAGGAGACCUUGGCCCUGCUCAAACGACAAGGUCUGCUCCAGCAACCCGAGCAGGCACCCUUCACUUCGCGUGUGGGUCUGCUGCUGGUCUUUCCCCUUCUGCAGUCCCAGACUCGCAGUGACCCAGCGCUCUGUGGGGUCACAGCAGAGGUACUGCUAGCCUGCCUGCGGGACUGCCAGCCGCUCAGCCUCAGCAAAGAGCCCGCCGACUGCCUCAACGGCCUGGAGGGGCUCCUCUGCUCCUGGCUAGAAGAUGGUGCCCAGCAGACAGGCCAAACGCAGGGGCAGGCUCAGACGCAGAUUCUACAUGCACACAGGCAGAGGGAAAAUGCUGCUGCUGCCCUCGUGGCACUUGCUUGUGCCAGGGGAUCCCUCAAGACCUUCAUCCACACUGUCCACCUGCUGCAGAAACAAACAGACCUAGGCCAUCUCCCUGUGGCGGAUGUGCUGUACAGACUCUUGGUCCUUGAAGGAGGACCAGGCUCUCCAUCUUGCCUCUUGGGAGGCAAGCACAGUGUGUCCUGGGGUUUUGAGGACAUGCUGCCCACACCUGAUAGUACAGCUGGAGGGGCAGAAAGCAAAGACACAGACCUGGGGCGCUGCCUAGCCACAGACGGGCUUUAUCUGUACACCAGUAAUUCCUUUGGGAGAGGACUCAGCAAGCUGGGCUCUGGUUUACAUGGGACACUGAGGGGUUUUGUGUACUGUCGAAAUGAGGAGUUGGAGCCCGGCUGGGUGGUCUUCAGCAGCAGUCGUCUCCUCCACCGUCCUGCUUCGUUUGAUGCCAAGCCUCAUCAGCUGUGCCAGGUCAUCGACCCCUUUACCCUCCAGGUGUGCCAGAUUGUGCCCAUGCCAGCCCACCACUUCCCAGUGGGCAGCAGCAUGACCACGCUGCACCUCUGCUCAGAUGGAACCUACCUGUAUUGGGUCUGGUCCCCAGCCAGUCUCAAUGAGAAGACCCAGAAAGGCCACUCUGUCUUCAUGGAUGUUUUUCACCUGUCGACACAGACGGGGUUGUGCGUUGCAGACAUCUUGCAGGAGAGGGUGAUCCUAACACGGAAGGAAGGCGAGUCUUCCAAGUGCUUGAAUGAGCUUCUGUUGAGCCGAAUGUCACGCUUCCGGGCCUCCCAUUCUGCUACAUUGGCUGCUCUUACAGGCUCUGCCAUUACCAAUACUGUCAAGGAGGAACAAUCUGCCGUCAACACUAGCUGUGGACUCCCUCUUAAGACUCUGAGGAAGACCCCUAUGUAUGUGUGUGGUACCUAUCUAGUAAUGCUGUCCUCCCCUCCUGGUGUGUCUGGGAGCUCUGCCACGCGUUCCCUGUUUGGAGGCACCAGCAGCCUCUCCUCUCUCAAAAUUCUAGCCUCCAGCCUGGUCUUUAAUGUGGGUGAUGGUCAGUUCAGCAGCCGUGCAGACCUCAUUGAUGCCCCUGGCAGUUCUUUAGGCAGGGGUGCCCAGGUGGCAGGGCUGGGAGCCUGUUAUGAUGCUCUGAACAAUUUGAUUUGGACCUGCUCCAGUGACUACAUGGACCAGUGGUGCAACCCUGGGAACCAAGCCUUCCAUCAUGUGUGCCAUAGGCUCGGUGUAAACCACGUCAUCAAAGAACCCAAAGAGGAGACCGUGGCCACUGGAGAGGUGAUCAACCAGCUGCUUCAUCACGUAGGUGCCAUGUGUAUCCACCAGCUCAACCUGCUGUCGGCCAGCAGCAACAGCCUGCCCCUGAGCGCCCUAUUGGGCAAACAGCACCCCAUUGAGGCCCGCCACUUCAGCAGCAUCUGCGACAUCAUGGAGAAGGCUAUGGUCAACGGAGAUACCUGCAUCAUUCGCUGCAUCUUGGUGGUAUUUCAGGUGGUGUUCAGGUUUUUCAACCCUCAGUCAGAGCAGAACAGGGAGAGUGUGCGUCGGUCAGGCCUGCUCCUGUGGCAGCUACUGAUGGCCCCAGUGGAUCAGAUAGGAGCAGAAAUUCAGAGAGAGGUGUGCCUAGCCAUCAGCUCAGGCUUGAAUACAUUGUAUCAGGGAGAGGCUGAACUUAACAAACUGCUGAAGCUGGUUCUAACUGAAGGUGAAAGAAACAGUGGUCUAUCCCAGCUUCGUGAUGUCAUCCUGACCAACUUGGCUGACCAGCUUCAGAAAAAUAGAUUUGGGAGUGAAGAUGAUGACCACUACAGACUGAGUGACGAACUACUGCAUUGUAUCCUGAAGACUGUAGUCCGGGAAUCAUGCCUCCUUAUCACCAAAUGUCAGACUGUUGCCAGGGAUGACUUCCAGAAGCUGCUCUCCACUGUGCCAGUGGUCUCACCCAGUCUGCGCUACCUCAUGGCUGUUCAGAACCACCUCCUCAGUAACACAAUUUUAAUCCGCCCAGAUGAUAACGAUGACAGUGACAGCUCCCUUCAAGGGGAAACAAUGAAGGUACAGGAGCUGCAGAGCAGCAUUCUGUCACUUGCCACUAAGAUCCUAGUUGGGUGUGAUGAAGUGCUUGAGACCCUGCAGCAGGUGACCACAGCUCUCAUCAAUAGUGACAUCCCUGACAGAGAAACCAGGUUGAAAGGCCUGGAACAGGUAACCAAGGCCACCAUGUUGGGGCACCUGCUGCCAGUGCUGCUCACCUCCCUGAUGCACCCUAAUCUGCAGACGCUCACACUUGCUGAUGCCCUUAUGCCUCAGCUAGUCCAGCUAGUCCUCUAUACCAGCCAGACUGCCCUCCUACUUAAGACCCAAUCUCCACUUUUCACUGAGGAGCCUCCAACUAUCAGUGGCCUCUUAGGGCAGGGGGCGAAAUCAUCUACUACUGAGGACAACUUUAGAAUCCUUGACGAACGGGAGGAGCCGGGUUUCCUGACUGGACUGAAGAUCCCUGCACCAUGGGCUGCUGGGAAGACAGUGGAGACAGUGCACCCGGUGCGCGACAACUACAAGUUCAAGGAAACUGUACACAUCCCAGGAGCCCGCUGCCUGUACCUUCGCUUUGACUCUCGUUGCUCCUCACAAUAUGAUUAUGACAAGUUGGUGAUCUAUGCCGGCCCCAACACCAACAGCCGCAAGGUAACAGAAUAUGGAGGAAACACACUGGGUUAUGGCAGUCGCAGUGUCCUGGGGACAGGUUGGCCCAAAGACCUUGUCAAGGUUGAGGGUGACACCGUAACCUUCUCCUUUGAGAUGAGGAGUGGACGUGAACACAACACGCCUGAUAAAGCCAUGUGGGGAUUCUCCUGUACAGUCAGAGCACAGGAGUCAUCUGAGGAUGUCUCUGGAGGCCUCCCCUUCCUGGCAGACCUCGCUUUGGGUCUGUCAGUGCUUGCCUGUUCAAUGCUGCGAAUCCUGUAUAAUGGGCCAGAGGUGACAAGAGAGGAGGAAGCCUGCCAUGAUUUGCUCUGCUCAAAGCUGCUGCAAAGGUGUCAAUGGCAGGUUGAAGCAAAUGGGGCAAUCUCUCCUGCUCUCACGCCCAGCCCUUCCCCCCUACCACUGACCAUUGAGGAGGACCGGGAGUUUACCUACCCCUCCGAUGUACUCAUCCCACCCCCAGGCCUCAUGCCAGGAGCCUACUUUGACCUGCCUCGUAUCCGCUUGCCUCCAGGAAUCAUGGGCAGGCUACGAGAAGUGUCUGGAAGGGCUCGACCGCAGUUCCGUCCCAGUAUCAAGGAAGUGAUCAGGCCAGAUGUCAUGGAGGAAGUUAUAGUGUCAUGUGUGAUAAAACAUCUAACAUUGGUGGAUGCCCUUCAGUCACUUGUCAACUACCAGUACCGGGAAGAACAUGCAGAGGAGUAUGACUUGGUCUGUAAGAUCAUGGCUGAGACCUUCAAGAAGAUCAAUGCAAUGGAGCGACAGCUGCAGAGUGUAGCAGAAUUGGAACAGAAGUGGCAGAAUGAGGUAGAGGAGGCCCAGCAGGGGAAGCUGGAGAACAACGCUCCUUUCUUUCAUGACUACCACUUCUUUGAGAACAAAAUUAAGGAGCUGGAAUUGCUUUGCUCCCUGAAAGAGGUCCCACUUGAUUUCAGUGACUUGGAAAAUGUUGUCCUUGCACUGAGGGAGAAGUUCUUCCAGGAGGUGAACUCCAUGCACCUAAAAAGUAGCACUCCACUCGCUAAAACCAAAGCCCUGGUGAGGAGCCUGAUGAAUCGCACUGAGCUGCUGCUCCACGUCACCAUAGCCCCACACUGCAGGAGCCUGACCACCACACCUGCUGGAACACCAGGACCAGCCUGUAAGUCAGUGUCUGACACCAAGACAGUGAUCCCUAUGGUGAAGCAGCCGGUCUUCCUGCGCAGCAUGUCUGCUCCCUCUGACUUGGAGAUGAUAGCCAACCAGGACUUGGAGUUUAACCAUGCCCCCCAAAGGAGGCGGCACCACCCUACCAGUCACCGCAGCAGUUCUUUCACACUUUUGCAGUCACUCGCCAUUGAGGACAGCCGUGACAAGCCAACAUACAGUGUGUUGCUGGGACAGCUCUUUGCCUUUAUUGGCACUACACCUGAUCAGGCUGUGUCCAGUAGCAGUUUCCUUUCGGCUGCACAGACGCGCUGGAGACGCGGCAGCACGCGAAAACAGGCGCUUGUUCAUAUGAGGGAGUUGCUUACAGCUGCUGUCAGAGUGGGCGGAGUCACACAUCUGGUGGGUCCUGUCACCAUGGUGUUGCAAGGUGGCCCAAGGAUUGAGGAGCUGACCUGUGGAGGAAUGGUAGAGCAGGUGCAAGAGGCCUUUGGGGAGACCAUGACAUCUGUAGUGUCACUAUGUGCUCGCUACCCUAUUGCUUGUGCCAAUAGUAUUGGCAUGCUUUGCACAAUCCCGUACACCAGGAGUGAAGAGCAGUGCCUAGUUCGGAGUGGUCUGGUCCAGCUCAUGGACCGCCUGUGUAGCCUAAGUGGCCAGAGGGAAUGCAGCUCAAAUGAGAAGCAGACAAAAAAGCAGAAGGUGGCGACCAUGGCCUGGGCUGCUUUUCAGGUGCUGGCCAACCGCUGUAUUGAGUGGGAGAAAGUGGAAGGUGGUUCUACAGAUGCAGUGCACUCUGGUCUGGCACGUCAGGUGUCCAGCCUGCUAACCAAUCACUUGGCCCGAGCCACAGAGUGCUGUGGGAACCAGGCAGCUGGUAAUGAUGCCUUACAAGAUGUGCUCAGUCUGCUCAAUGACCUUUCCAGGAGCCACAUAGGGAAGGCCAUCCUGAGCCAGCCAGCCUGUGUGUCUAAGCUGUUGUCUUUAUUGCUGGACCAGAGACCCUCUCCAAAGCUAGUACUUAUCAUCCUUCAGCUGUGCCGAGCUGCCCUGCCCCUCAUGAGUGUGGAGGACUGUGGCAAUGUGGCACUGCCCUCAUGGAGCUACUCUAUGAACACACUAGAUGCUGAGCAGCAGGACGCUAGUGACCCUGCCUCACGUAUCGCUGCCUUGCUCCUGGCCAAGCUGGCAGACUAUGUAGUACCAGGCUGCCAGACCCUGCUCUCCCCCAGCUCAUCUGAGCCAGACACCAGUCUGUCCCGUGCCAGUUCCAAAGGAGCUCUGAAAUCUGAGAAGGACGUUGGGGAGGAGGGGGAGGCUGUAGAUGGCAAACUGUCAAUCUUUAUCCACAAGAGGGAGGACCAGUCAUCACAUGAGGUCCUACAGCCACUACUCAGCAGCUCAGAAGGACGUCCCUUUCGUCUUGGUACUGGAGCCAACAUGGAAAAGGUGGUGAAGAUGGACAGAGACAUGACCAAGAGUGGGAGCUGUGAGGUGAUCACAGAGGAAGCAUCCGCCGCUCUGCGGAAGGCCAAUAAGUGGGCCCAAUCUGGGCUGAUAGUGAGCGUAGGCCCACCUGUUGAGUCUCUGGCCCAGGAGACGGCUGGGGGCAUCACCACUGGUGACAAGAAGAAAACUGCUCAGACUGCUGUGUGUAGGGACAGGAAUGCUGAGCUUGCCAGGUCGGACCCUGUGAGGCCGUUCAUCAGUGGUCAUGUUGCUAACAGUAUGGCUGCUGAAGUUAUUGCACUGCUGCAUAGUCUGCUCACAGCCCCUGAGUCUAAUACCGCUCAGAUCUGGACCAGCACUGCUGAAAAGGUGCUCUCCCGGGCACUGAUGUUUAUCCCUCAGUUGGGGAAGUAUGCAGAGAGUAUUCUGGAGAAUGGAAGCAGCAGUGGCAGGAAGCUGGCUAAGCUGCAGGCCAUUGGGAGGCAGGCUGUGGCUGCACUCUGUGCCCUCGGCGGCUUCAAAGAAACCAUUAAGAUUGGCUCUGAAGUCCAGGUGGUAGGUAAAGGAGUGCUUGGCAGUGUGGGUGUAGUUAUGUCUAUCAACGAGCAAGAGGGCAUAGCUACAGUCAAGUUCCCUUCCUGCGAGUACAGGAGAGCUUGCAAAGCCUCAGACAUCCUGACAGUGCCUAUAUCUCGCCUCUGCACACCCAGAUCUGAGGCCCUCCCUCUCUACAAGCUGUCCAUCACAGAAAAGGUGGUACAAGCAGUGCAGUCUAUGCUACUGCCACAGGAGGGCAGCCUAUCAAUACACACGUCUCUCCCUGCCACAGGAGAUGGCUCCAGCCCAGUCAUGGCUGCAGUACGCUUGCUGGCUGAAAUCAGAACCAGGGCUUGCCUGGUGAUGGCCCAGCUCCUGGAGGACAGUUCCUUCUGUGAAGAGUUCAUCCAGCAGUGUCCUGCAGCUGUGGAGGUGCUCAACCUGGUUGCCCAGGAAUGCAGCCCUGGGGAACGUCUUGGCAUGGUUGAGGCUCAGUGUGAGAGAGUGAGGAUGCUAUACCGCGAUUGUGCUCGCCCGCCACCUCCUCCUCUGCAGACUGAUAGGCGCCAGCCCAAGGAAAUAACCUGGUGUCCAUCCAGAGUGUUCCCUCCAGUCCGUGCCUGCAUGUUCUCCUCCCGUCUGACCUCCGUCACCUUCUUGGCUGAUCCCAGCGCUGGUGGAGGGCUGCCCAGGGGCACCUUCAUCUAUGCGACCUCCCCAGUACCAGUUCAGGCCCCUUCCUUUUACUGGGAGAUAGAGAUUGUCUCCUAUGGAGACUCUGAGGAGGACAGUGGUCCAAUUGUGUCUUUUGGGUUUGCCACUGAAGCAGAGAAGAGAGAUGGAGCAUGGACCAACCCUGUUGGCACAUGUCUCUUUCAUAAUAAUGGUAGGGCAGUGCAUUAUAAUGGCUCCAGUCUGCUGCAGUGGAAGAGUGUCAGGCUGGACGUGGCUCUACUUCCUGGCGAUGUGGCUGGGAUAGGCUGGGAGCGUUCAGAAGGCACUCCUCCACCACCUGGUCAGGCCCCCAAAGGCAGGGUCUACUUCACCUACUGUGGCCAGCGGCUCAGCCCCAUCCUUGAGGAUGUAGCAGGGGGAAUGUGGCCCCUGGUUCACAUUCAAAAGAAGAACACAAAGAUCCGUGCCAACUUUGGAUGCCGGCCAUUUGCAUACGCAGAAGGCCAAGCACACAGGAAUGCUGCGGACUUGUGUGUAGACCUUGCAGAAGAAAUCAGUGCAAAUUUUGAAGCACUCCCCUUUGCUAUGGCUUCGGACAGUGAUAAUGAUGCUGGUGCAAGUGUUGCUUCUGACUCUGGCUCCCAUGGACCUCCCUGUCGGAUCGCAGCCGUGGCAGUCGCCCAGCAGCAGUACAACAGUGACCUGUCAUGCCACUACAAGGUGGAGCUGAGUUAUGAGAACCUCGUCACCUCUGGGCCCAACCCUCAUCCCCCACCUAUUGCAGAUGAUGAAAGUGAUGAUGAGGAUGACGAUGAUGUCCCCAGAGAGGACCACUACGCUUUGCUGGUAAAGGCCUGGGAGACCAAAGUGUUCCCCACCAUUCGAAGGCGAUUCCGCAACGAGGCUGAAAGGAAGUCUGGCCUGGACCAAAUCAAAGGAGCGCUUCAGCUGGGUAUGGUUGAUAUUGCAAGACAGACAGUGGAAUUCCUCUAUGAAGAAAAUGGUGGCAUUCCUCGUGACCUCUACCUCCCUACGAUUGAAGAUAUCAAGGAUGAGGCCAACAAAUUCACUAUUGAUAAAGUUCGCAAAGGCUUGACCGUGGUUAUCCGCUGUCCAGACAGCAACAACACCAACAGCACUACAGGAGGAACAGCCCUGCCAAAGUUUGCUAUCCGGGGCAUGUUGAAGACCUUUGGUUUGCAUGGGGUGGUGCUGGAUGUGGACUCUGUGAAUGAGCUGGUACAGGUGGAGACCUACCUGCGCAGUGAAGGUGUGCUGGUGAGAUACUGGUACCCUAUUGAGAUGCUAGAGCGCCCACCCGCUGGUUCUCGACGCACUGCAGCUAAUGGCCUAGUCUCUCUAGACAGUAGCAACAUUCAGAUUCACAGGGAACUGCUUCGCUGUGAGAGCGCACUGGCUAGGUUAUAUUGUCGCAUGGCCUUGCUCAACAUCUUUGCCCCUAAGAGCCCCCACACCUUCACUCGUCUCUUCCACAUACCGGCCAUUCGUGACAUUACCUUGGAGCACCUGCAGCUUCUGUCUAAUCAGCUUCUAGCUCCGCCUCUGCCUGAUGGCACCAUUAGCUCUAGUUCCAUCCUCCUGGCUCAGUCUGUAUUGCACAACCUACAGGGCCAGAGCUGCUCUCCCACAGACCUUUUUUACCAGGGCAAUGCUCAGCCCAUCCGGGAGUGGCUGACAGUGGCCAUCACCCGUGCCUUACACCAGGGAGAGGAGAGUCUGCUGGAACUCACUAAGCAGAUCUGCUGCUUCCUACAGAAUGCACCAGAGCAGUUUACAUCAGAAGAGUUUCCUGUGACUGAGUCAAAGGUUAGCAUGGAUGUCAGCUUCCCAGGUGCUGCAUUUGUGAUUGUAUCCUGCAAGGAGAGCCAACUGGGCUGCCGCAAAGACUCGAGCCUGUACAAGGCUCCCUGGGCACGAGUCAUGGUGUAUGGCCUGGGCCACAAAGUACGGAGAAACGGCCAGCUAAAUCUGAUGGAGGCAAUGUGCUAUCCUCUGGAUGCCUCGCCCACCAACACAGGCCUCACUCCCCCUCCCACUACCAACCAAUACCCCUCUGUCAUCAUCCCCACUGAUAAGGUGCACAUCAAACUGGGCGUGUCACCCCCUCCUGGUGCUGUUCUGGUGCUCCACUCCUUGCCCCUGGAGUUCCCUCUGGCUUUGGCUUUCGCGGAACAACUGUUGACAUGGAAGCUGGGCGAAAGUAGUGAGCGGUCAGAGGAUGAAUUGGACACAGUUCCCUCAUCUGUGCUGUUACAAGUGGUAGAACUGCUAGGCGGUUUACUUUGGACCACCGAUCUGGCCCCCUCCAUCAAGGAACUCACCUUUCAUUUAUUAGCUGAACUCUUCCGUAAAAUCCACCACUUGGAGCAGCGCAAGAGCCCCACUGGUCUGUCCAGCUCCAUUGCUCUGCUGCUAAACCCCUGCCUGGCCGUGCUCAUGGCCCUGCAGACAGAACUCCGGAAGCUCUAUGACCGGGAGACUCAGGGCUGGACGGCUGGUGGAGCUGGGGCAGGAGGUUCCUCAACCGGGGGUGUUGCCUUGGCCCUGGGGGCAGAGCAGAGCCGGUUCUCCACCUACUUCCAUGCUUUGAUGGAGGUGUGCCUGGCUGUGGCAGAGGUCACGUUACCCCUAAAUGUUGGAGGUUCUGCAGUGGGAGCCCUGUCUUCCACCAGUGCCCCCAACCUCAGCGACUCCUCCUCAUCUUCAUCAUCGUCACCAGGCCAGACACCUCAGAGCCCCAGCCUGCUCUCGAAGCGCAAGAAGGUGAAGAUGAAGCGUGAGAGAGCAGCAGCUGCAGUGGCGGCAGCAGCCUCUGGGAAACGGGGAAGUGGAGGUGCACGGUUAUCAGAGAGUGACAGUGCCCUGCUGAACAUGGCUGGUAGCAAGCCUGAGGACAUGCUGUGGUUUCACCGUGGUCUCACUCUCCUCAUGAUCCUAAGACACCUGGCCAAUAAGGACCCUCAGGGGCUGAGUGUGACCAGUGACGCAGUGACAGAUGCCUGCCAGGCUUUAGUGGGUCCCACUGCCCACAGUCGCCUGCUGGUGCUCUCUGGCAUCCCCACCCACCUGGAGGAGGCCGUGGUUCGCAGUGCUAUACGCAGGGCCUGCAACGCCCAUGGGGGGCUCUUCAAAGAUGAGAUCUUCAUCCCCUUGCAGGAAGAGGACUCCAAGAAGCCUAAGGUUGGAGCUGGGGUUUCCAGCCCUCCGGAUGGCAAAGUGGGCUCUGAGCCAGAGCGUCCCUUCUCUAAUAAUGGAGGUCCUGAGAGUCCUGACAGCUCCAGCAGUGUGACUCCAGCUAUGAGUGUUAGUGCUUCGGCUUCCACCAGCCAGACCUCUAUCUGCAGCUCCUCCCAGGGAGUCUCUCGCACUGCCAGUGAACUUUCUGUGGAUCAGGAGUUGUUAGCUGCCCCACCUCUCACCCCUGCUGCUGCAGCUUCUGCUGUCACCUAUCCCCAGCAGGGGCCUCUCGACCCCCACACUGUUUCUAGUCAGGAGAGCCUAGACAUCUCCCUUUGUAGCACGGGGAGCCUGGGAAGUCUGGGCAGCUUGGGGGAGCCUCUCGACAGUGCAGAAACAGCUUCAGUGUCUGAUGGUGGCUCCAUGUACACUGUCACCUCACUGGAUAGCAAUGCUGUCAUGGCCAGACCCAUCAAGGGCUAUGCUGUCAUUGAGGUUCGCUCACGGGCAAAAGUGGAGAAAAUUCGUGCCAGUCUUUUCAACAGCAGUGACCUUAUUGGUUUGUCCAGUCUGGAAGGUGAAGAGGAGCUGAUGGAGUUAACCAAUGAAGAAAUACUCACAGCCUCCAGUGUCAACCAAAGUCUGUUUGACACACAGGGAAGCUCUGCACUUGAAGACUACUUCCUGGAUAAGUCCAUCAGAGGGGACAAGCUUGUACCUGGUGCACGAGAUGUUCUCUCUGACAUCUUUAAGAGCUGUGUGCACUCUGAGCAGAUGCUGAGCCUCACGCCAGCCAAGCCAGUUAAAGUGUCUGACAUUUACCUCAGCAAGGAACAGAUCAACUCUCAGACCCCUGGCAACUUGCUGCAUGUUUUCUUCACCAAUGUGCGCCCGCCAAAGAAAGUACUUGAAGACCAGUUAACUCAGAUUCUAAGAAAGUAUGGUACUCCCAAGCCCAACAAGAACAAGUAUAGCAAAGCAGGCAAGGAGCAGCAUCAAGGCAAGGUGGUGAGCACCAAGAGGCCCAUAACCAAGCCUCCCACCAAGGAGAAGUCUGUUCUUAAUAGUGUCAGGACUGCACUGAGUGAAAAGAAAACAGUUUUGAAGCCCAAGUCUCCAGAGAAAUCCAGACCUGAUGAGAAAGAUGUGGAAAAAUCUCCUGCCAAGAAACCUGAAGUACCAGAGGAGAAGUAUCUGACAUUGGAGGGCUUCCAUAAGUUUGCUGUGGACCGUGCCAAGCAGGACAUCCGUAGUGUCUGGAGGGCAAUUUUGGCUUGUGGUUACGACCUCCACUUUGAAAGGUGCACUUGUAUAGACACCCGCCAUGCCCAGAAGGCCUGUAGGAAGUGGACUUUGGAGAUGGAUGUGGCGCUGGUCCAGUACAUCAACAGGUUGUGCCGUCACCUGGCUAUCACACCAGCCAGACUGCAUCCCCACGAAGUCUACCUGGACCCCAGUGAUACUGCUGAUCCACGUGUGGCCUGCCUGCUCAAUGUGCCUGUGGAGAGCCUGCGUUUGCGCUUUGCUCUGCUGCAGUCGCUCAACAACACCCUGGAGAGUUUCUUCCUGCCGCUGGUAGAGCUGAGACAAACACAUACCUAUCAGAACAGCAUUGCAGCACUUUUAUGCGAGGCUAAAGGUCUAGUCUUCUAUGACACCAAGGUCACUGUAAUGAACAGAGUACUGAAUGCCACAGUACAGCGGACAGCUGACCACGCUGCCCCAGAGAUUACACUGGACCCCCUGGAGAUUGUGGGAGGAGAGAUCAGAUCGUCAGAGAAUACAUAUUUCUGCCAGGCAGCUCGCCAGCUGUCUUGUGUGCCCUCAUCACAGCUUUGUGUGAAACUGGCCAGUGGAGGAGACCCCACCUACGCCUUCAACAUCCGCUUCACUGGAGAGGAAGUCCAUGGCACCAGUGGCUCUUUCAGACACUUCCUAUGGCAAGUGUGUAAAGAGUUACAGAGCUCUGCUCUCUCCCUGCUGCUCCCCUGCCCCAGUGCUGCGGCCAACCGUAACAAGGGGAAGUACAUCCUGACACCCUGUCCGAUCAGCUAUGCAGAGGAACAGCUGCUGCAUUUCUUUGGCCAGCUGCUGGGCAUUGCCAUUCGGGCAGACGUGCCACUUCCUUUGGACCUGUUGGGCUCCUUUUGGAAAGGCCUGGUGGGCGAGCCACUGGACCCAGAACAGGACCUACAGGAGGCCGACUUACUUACCUACAACUAUGUCAAGAAGUUUGAAAAUGUGAGUGACGAGGCAGAGCUGGAGGCCCUGUGUGCAGAGAUUUCCUCCCAGCACCACUCGGGAGAGAGCCCUGACUCCCCCAGUCGGCCCUGCUGCACCUUCACCUACGUCACCAUGACUGGAGAGGACGUGGAGCUGUGUCAGGGAGGCCGCAGCCUGACUGUCAGCUGGGAAAAUAAAGAUGUGUAUGCACGAGCAGUGCGGAGCCUUCGUCUGAGGGAGCUGCAAAAUGUGGAGUGUAUGACGGCGGUGCGUGCAGGGCUGGGCUCCAUCAUCCCCCUCCAGUUGCUCACUAUGCUCAGCCCCCUAGAGGUGGAGCUGCGCACCUGCGGCUUGCCUUACAUCAAUUUGGAAUUCCUCAAGGCUCACACCAUGUAUCAGGUGGGACUGAUGGAGACAGACCAACACAUUGAGUUCUUCUGGACCGCUCUGGAGAUGUUCACUCAGGAGGAGCUCUGCAAGUUCAUCAAGUUUGCCUGCAACCAGGAGCGCAUCCCCUUCACCUGCCCUUGCAAGGAUGGGGGGCCCGAUACCGCCCACGUUCCCCCAUACCCCAUGAAGAUCGCACCUCCCGACGGAGCAGCAGGUCAGCCAGACUCACGCUACAUUCGCGUGGAGACCUGUAUGUUCAUGGUGAAGCUGCCCCAGUACACUUCUCUAGAUGUGAUGCUGGAGAAACUGCGUUAUGCUAUCCACUACCGCGAGGACCCUCUCAGCGGCUAGCAAGACUUGACACCACCACUUCCCCCAUUUGGCCCCCCUCCCCUCCCUAACCUCUCUCUUUUGCCCACCUUCACCCAAACACUCUUGGGCCUCCCUCUAAGACAGCCCGCUCCAAUCCUUUAUGCUCUGCUGGUCCACGAAAACCGCAACCAUUUCUUUGUUUUCCCCUUUUUUUGCUGAUUAUUAAUGUUUUGCAUGCAUACCUUUGCUUCAUUUGUACACAUAAAGUAUACGCAUUUCAGGAGAACGUUUGAUGCGUAUUUUUGGUGGAAUUCACGGGAGAUUAUCCCCACUAGUCCUGACACUGUUGACGGUGUCUGCUCUGGUUGCACUGAAUUUUAGGAUGGUGUUGAGGUACACAACUGUGAUGCAGUGCAGUGCAUACUCCUUUUGUUAGCCUUUUCCACCUCUCUUCCCAGCUUCCCCCACCCCACCUUUCACAAAGGGUUUGGUCCUUACUCCUCCCUAGGUUGAGUAUUAUGAGGUUAGGUCAAGUUCUGUGAAUUAAAUUCGGGUGACAUCGGACCUGCACUUUAGAAUUGCAAGUUCAGUUCAUGUGCUCUGCCCUGUCUCUCUGUGAUACUAUUUUAAUAUUCAAAUGAAACAGUUUGAUUGUUCUCAGCAAAAAGACCUAGUCGCAAUAGCUGAACUUUGCACUGUUGCAGGUUUUGCUAAUCUCCUAGUGCUUGACCUAGCUGCCUCCUUCCAACUCUCGUCUGUGGGGGAAGCUCUGAAACAUGCCUUUACUACAGGUACCUCUUUCUAGAGAGGAUGACACUGACUGUGUGUGAAAAGAGAGCCCAAAUGAUUUGUCUGAUUUGUAGAAUGAAGAGGUCUGGAUCUGAUGUUUGAGACGGAAGUGCGCCUACCAUCAGAAAAAGGAACUCUAUAAUGCUGCCUAUUUCUGACCACAUCAGCUAUCAGCAGGCAGGACUUGUGAACAAGUGCUGUAUAGGAUAUAAUGUAGUUACUGCCUGUAAAAAAAAAAAAAAAGAAAAGAAAAGAAAAAAAAAAAACGAACUGCUAAUGGACGAACUAACUUAUCUGCCUAUAUAAACAGUGAAUAUAUUUUAUUCAAGUCUCUGAAGAGAGGGUAUUUAAGUCAUGUAAAAAGUCAUAUUAAUCUAUUAGUUUAUGAAAUUGCUCUUUGAUUUUAAAUAUCUUAGUAGCUGUGGCAGCAUGGUAGGUCAGGUAGACUUGAGCUUUACCUGGAUGCCAGGAGAGCCCCGCUGGUUGCAGGGUCUGCUGUACUUGCAUUUCGGGUUUGUGAAACCUGCGUUGCUUUGUGAAAUGGGAGGGAGAUUUUGUUCUCUCGAGCUGCACUGCUUGUGUGCUACUGCUACUGAAUGUGCAACGAAUCCCCCCCUGCCCCUAACAUACACAAUCCACACACACACACACACACACACACACACACACACACAAAUGUACACACACAUACACACACACACACGGGGGGGGGCAGCGGAUUAUCUUCAAUUCUGCCUUUUUAUGAAAGAACAGGAUUCUGCUGUUUUUUUUUUUGUUUGUUUGUUUGUUUUACCCAUAACCAAAUGUUUUAGCUGUGUAAAAAAAAAACAAAAAAAACUUAGCAAAACAAAAUGUAAAUAGACUUUUAAGUUAUGUUUGAUGGCAGUUUUUAUUAAUUGCUAAUUCACUUCACCUUUUAAGUUUUGUUUUUGGUUUGCACUACUCUUCCAUGAAAAGAAUCUAAAAUGAGCAAACUCGGUGAUGUCUGUUGGAUAUCCAGUUUGUUGGGUUUUUAUUUUUUACGAAUUUUGAAACUACCAGUAAUCUAUCACCUUUGUCUUGUACUCAGAUGGAUUCUAUCUCUUCUACUCAUGGUGAAACAUGUUUUCUUGUGUGAGUAAAAUCGCCAUUUUACUUGGAUAGAACUGAUGAACACAACAGACAUCAAUGGUUGAUAUUUGACAUGUAUUGGAUGGUUGAACUGCUUGCAAGUUUGGUUUAGGUUCUGUUCUUUUGAAGGGUAUACCGCUGCUAUGGGGACGCUCUAUCUCUCUCUCUCUCUCUCCCUCUCUUCCUCCUUUGGGGGAGGAGGGAAGGUCAUAAAAAGGACAUAUCCAUACAAAGAGGUGUUGCGAUAAGAAAAUGUGUGCUGUACAUUUACUUGAUAUUUAUUACAAUUAUUUAUGGUUGCAUUAACUUAACUUUUACUGUCUUACCUCUGCACAUCAGAAACUUAACACAUAUCUAAAAUGGAUUAUACAGAUGUAAAGAAUCAGAUGGCGUUUGAGAUUUCUGUGUCACAAUAAAGAAAUGUCUUGAUGUA